GUAUCUCGGUGGCUGUCAAAACUUGUGUUUUGAUGAGCCCAGAAAGCAUUUGGCCGUCUCAAGGAUGUUUUCCUUGGGCAACAUCCCUAUCUUCAGCAUCUUGUUUUGUGGGGCAUUUUUUAUCACAUAUUUCUUGAUGACUUCUUGGGGCUGAGUUUCUUUUCCUACCCUUCUGGAAACUGCUUGAGACUGUAAGUAGCUGCAGACUGUAAACAUCUUUGACCACGAUGAGUUGGAGUUUCUUGACCCGUCUACUUGAGGAGAUCCACAAUCAUUCCACAUUUGUGGGGAAGAUCUGGCUGACUGUGCUGAUUGUAUUCCGCAUUGUUCUCACUGCUGUGGGAGGGGAAUCCAUCUAUUAUGAUGAACAAAGCAAAUUUGUUUGCAAUACAGAACAGCCAGGUUGUGAAAAUGUGUGCUAUGAUGCUUUUGCCCCCCUCUCUCAUGUGAGGUUUUGGGUAUUUCAAAUCAUCCUAGUCUCUACUCCCUCAGUAAUGUAUUUAGGCUAUGCUGCUCACAAAAUAGCUCGGAUAGUGGAACAUGGCGAAAUGGAACGGAAGUUACGAAGCAAACCUCUUCUAAUGCGUUGGAAACAACACCGAGGUUUAGAAGAAGCAGAAGACGAUAAUGAGGAAGAUCCAAUGAUGUAUCCAGAGAUUGAAGUAGAGAGUGAACGAGAGAACAAGCAAAAUCCAUCCCUCGCAAAAAUAAAGCAUGAUGGUAGGAGGCGAAUCCGAGAAGAUGGGCUUAUGAAGAUUUACAUCUUUCAACUGCUGAGUAGGACUAUAUUUGAAAUUGGCUUCCUGAUAGGCCAGUACUUACUCUACGGAUUUGAAGUCAGUCCAACAUUCCUUUGUAGCAGAAAUCCGUGUCCCCAUACUAUUGACUGUUUCAUUUCAAGACCCACAGAAAAAACCAUAUUCCUGCUCAUCAUGUAUGGUGUGAGUGGUCUGUGUUUACUUCUGAACAUUUGGGAAAUGCUUCACUUGGGAUUUGGCACCAUUCGGGACACCUUGAAUAACAAGCGGAAGGAGCUAGAAGAUUCAGGAACCUAUCAUUAUCCUUUUAUUUGGAAUACCCCAUCAGCUCCUCCAGGGUACAACAUUGCCAUGAAACCUGACCAGAUUCAAUACACAGAGUUGUCUAAUGCCAAAAUAGCACAUAAGCAAAAUAAAGCCAAUAUUGCCCAAGAACAACAAUAUGGCAGCAAUGAGGAGAACAUUCCCACUGAACUGGAGAAUAUCCAGCGAGAAAUCAAAGUAGCUCAGGAACGCUUAGAUCUUGCCAUCCAUGCAUAUAAUAAUCAGAAUAAUCCAUCCUGUUCCAAGGAGAAGAAGCCCAGAGGCAGCUCAAACAAAAGCAGUGGCAGUAGUAAAUCAGGGGAUGGGAAAACUUCUGUUUGGAUUUGAUGCUGUUCACUUGACAGGGAAUGCUACCGUUUUCUUGUAGCAUAUUAUAUCUAGCAAAUUGGGUGCGAAAUAUUUCCAGUAAAAAAUAAUUGGCCUUGCUAAAGUUCAGAGAUAUUUCGUGCUGCUAAAUGGUACUGUGCAAAAGAACAGAAGAGAAAAGUAGUUAUGCUCACAAACAUGUAUUCAUGUAUUCUUCCAGAUCUGCAGAAGUCCCAGGGAUUUUUUUAAUUAUUUUUGUUAAAACAGUUUACACUGAAUGUACAGUAUUAUGGUACCUUUUAUUAUGCACAUUUUUGUAUUUGUAUAUUGGAUAUCUCAGUUAUACAUUUUAUAUUAAAAGGAAUCAAAUAGGAAUUUUCAACAUUUUUCUAAAGCAUUUUUCUCCUCACAUUUCAUAGAGAUUGUGUGAUUUACUUUGAAUUUCAUAGAGGUUUGAAUUAUGGAACAGAUAAUUUUGGAUGACUGUCAUGCCCUUUCUGCAUUCUUGUCCCAGCCAAAUAAAUUAAAUACUAGGUUAGUGAAA